CGUUAAGUCGUAUCCAUAACAUGUAUUGUCACUGAACCAUCAUUUCUGAGCAACAUGUCCACAUACGCUACUUUAAUGACGUCAGAGAAGGAAGUUCGUCUAAUUUCACGCGAGAUUUACCGCGAUCUCUGGUCAAUCCAACAUGGCACCAUAGGGGCGAUGUUAUUGUUCCGACGUUCUGUUUAAAGCUCCGGCAGUACGACGAAAACUACGCAGUCAGACGGACAACUGAGUUCGCGCGGGCAUGAGAGCAACACACGGAGACAAUGUUACGGUCCACCGGCUACUUUCGUGGCAUUGACUGCCCGUUUUACGCCGAGUACAGCGAGGGCAAAGGCGACAGGAACGGCUGUAAUAGACCGUACUGUCACUUCAGACACAGCAAGCAGAGGCGAGCGUCUUACGGAGCUCCAGUAGACGUUAAAAAGCAAAGAGACAUCCACUCAGCAAACAAAGAACAAGGUUACGAUCCCUUCAACCCAGAAGUGGUGAAGCCACAGGACCAGCAUGAUGGAAAGUCGCCUGCCCCGGGAGAUUUCAGCGGUGCUCUGGAGUUGGUCAACAGAGCCAUUGAGGAGGUCCGCAGUGAGGUGGAGAGGGAGCAGAAGAAGCUCUGUCAAAUUGGGGAUGAGCCCUACACUCCCAGGGAGAAAAAAAGCAGCUCACAUUUGUCUGACAAAAACAAAACAGCCACUUCUCACCAGGCCUAUGAUCCCGGGAGUUAUCAAAUUACAUCAGGAGGUUAUAAUCCAACCCCAGGUUGUAGUAAGUACACUUUGGAUUCAGGCUCUGAGGAGAAUAACAGUAACUCAAUGGAAUAUGUUCCUACUUCUCUGAAAAAGCCUUCUGCUCAGACGCACGCUCCCAAACCUUCGUCUCCACCUAUCAGUCCAAACAGGUCAAAUAGCACGUUAUCUUUCAAGUGCAAAUACACAUUGGAUAAUUCAAAACCAUCUACUGACAUGGAAUAUGACCCCCUUUCUAACUACUCAGCGGGGAUCACUACGAAAAGCAAGAGAAAUCAGGUGAACUCUGCUCUAAAGGCAAACAAGAGCAGGACACACAAAGUGCCCACGUAUGAAUUGUCAGAUGAGGAGUGUGUGGAUGUGAAGAAUCCGCAGCAGUCUACUGUGGACACCAAAAAAUACACUUUCUCUGAGUCUGAUGAGGAGAGCUCUGGCACAGAGUACCGACCCACGUCCCUCAGUAAUCUCCAACAGAGGAAAGCCAACAUGGCUUCAGCUGGAGUUGCUUUUUCAAGGGAGAGAAAGGACAAAAAAGAAUGUGUGCCGAAUGCCCUGACACAGAGGAAUAAAGAGGAUUCAGGACAGGACUCGGACAUUCAGGAAGUGACUGUGAAACAUAAAAGUAUAGAGAAGAAGACGAAGGUGGCCAGUCAUGCUAGUCAUGAGAACAAUGUUAAAUCUGAUCAAAUCCAUAAACUGUCUAAAGAUGCGAACAAAACCUUCAUUUCCAAGAGCAGUCACAGCAGCAGCAAGGGUUCUAUAAAAACCUUGAAGCAGGAGUCUGCAAAAAAGGAGAACAAGAGUCUGGAGAGGAGAGAUGAUAGAGAAAACAAGGUGAAGGAAAAGGCGCGUGAUAAAAUUCACAUGGUGGGACGAGAUGUGAAGAUCAGGUCAGGAGAAAAAAUGAAAAUAGACUCGAGCAAACGAGAGAGAGAAACUGAGAAUUGUGCAAAAGAAUUCAAGAAACUCAAAACAGACAGGGAAAAGGAAAAGAAUAAAUAUAAAGACCACCAACUUAAAAAUGGCACACUUGAUAGUAGUAAAAGAGACAGGGAUGUCAAGAGGGUGAGUAAAAGCAGUUGUCACAGUGAGACCAAGAGCAGCUCCAGUAAAGGAAGUUCUGCCAACAGCAGUAAGACGAAGCAGAGCUACAGCCUAACAAAAGAGAGAAGACCCGAGAAAAAACGUCCACAUCUGAGUCUGAGCCACGCCGACUUGUUUGGAGAUGAAAGUCCAGAUGAGGCUGAGCCGAUAGUGGUGGAUGACAGCGACGAGGAGGUAGAGGAGGUUUUGGUGAGAAAAUCAGCCGAUGCUUUAAAGAGAGGAAGUCUGAAAAAGAGGAAAGCAUCGGAGCUGACACCCUCCUCCUCAGACUACGAGGGAGACUGCGGCGUGGACGACGGCGCUCAAGUAAAGGAUGAGCUUGACGAAGUGGAAAUCGACUUGUCUGGUUUUCAGGAUGAUCUGGACUUUGAGUCGGACCCGAUGGAAGAGUGUUUGCGGAUCUUCAAUGAAUCCAAGGAUGUGAAGAAGGAAGAUAAGGGCAGGCAAACUAAACAGCCUCUCAGGGAGUCAGAGGAAGACAGAAGCACUGAGGGCACAUUGUCCGCUCCCCUUCCCGGUCAGAAGAAGAGAGUGUCUCAUUUUGUUGCCAAAGGAAAUGCAGAAACGUCUUCUAAGCCCGUGGUGCGUCCGUACAAGAGACUGACGGCUCAGGAGGUCUGUUACCAGCGGAUGCAGCUGGCACAGCAGCAGGCUGUUCAGCUUUCUGCUUCAGCCAAAGCUGCUGCUCAGAGCUCCGGUCACAGCUUCUCCGGAGAGAGGAAGAGAAUAGCACACCGUCCCAACCGACAGAUCACAGUGACCACGACAGGUGCUGCAGAUGCUAAACCAACUGUGAGUAAAGUCUUGUCCCUCAGCCAAUCCCAUCAGAGUGUCCAGCCUCAGACCACCGCUUGUAUUUUGUCCAAAACCACAUCGACUAUAAUAGGGAAGAGGGUGGCACACACACCGACCUUGAAGAGUUCUUCGAUGAAGCGGCCGGUCAUCCCCUCUGAAUUCGGGGCCAAAGUUCCCACCAACAUCCGCCAGCGCUACCUCAACACUUUCAUAGAUGAAUGUGUCAAAUUCUGCCCCUCUGAAGAAGCUGCCUUCCAGAUGGGCCUUGAUGAGGAGAAGCUGGUGUACGAGCGCAGCAGCAGUAAGAACAUUUACCUCAACAUAGCUGUCAAUACUCUGAAGAAACUGCGGAGCAAGAGCAGCUCCAGUCCUUCACCUGCCUACAAGGAACCAGGGUUACCCCCCAACAGGAGGGCUCAGUCCCACGAGGACGUCCUCGGGGGUCGUCUGGCUGCUACAACCAGCUUCACUAUCAACAGGACGGGUAAACAGCAGGAGGAGAAACUGACGGGAGCCACACUGUACAGGAAGCUGCAGUCGUAUCUGAUGACGGAGGAGCAGCUCCAGGAGCACGGAUACCCGAGAUCAAACCCAGAGGCUGCUGGGAAGGCUUUAAUAUUCAACCAGCCGGAGAAAAAAAUAGUUCCAGACCCCUUCAACAAAAUCUGCUGUCGAUGUGGGGCAGAGUACAGAAUCAACGUCAGUGGAAACUGUGUACGCAAAGAAGAAUGCACUUUUCACUGGGGACGUUUACGCAGACACAAAGUGGCUGGAGGCUGGGAGACCAGUUACAGCUGCUGUUCUGCUGCUGUGGGAACUCUGGGAUGUCAAGUGUCCAAGCAACACGUUCAGGACGGACGUAAAGAGUCGUUGGACGGCUACGUGAAGACUUUCAGUAAGCGUCUACCGCCAGAUGGCAACGGAGGGGUGUUUGCUUUGGACUGUGAGAUGUGCUACACAAAACUGGGCCUAGAGCUGACCAGAGUGACGGUCAUCGACUCAAGGAUGAAAGUCAUCUACGACACUUUUGUCAAACCUGAGAAGAAGGUCGUUGACUACAACACGCGAUUUUCAGGUGUGACUCAGGAGGACUUAGAAAACGCCACCAUCACUCUGAGAGAUGUUCAGGCCGUGCUGCUCAGUAUGUUCAGUGCUGAAUCCAUUCUCAUUGGACACAGUCUGGAGAGUGACCUCCUGGCUCUGAAGUUGAUCCACAGUUCAGUCGUAGACACGGCCAUCGUGUUCCCUCACCGUCUGGGUUUGCCCUACAAACGUGCCUUGAGGAACCUGAUGGCCGACCACCUCAAACGCAUCAUCCAGGACAACGUGGACGGACACGACUCCAGUGAAGACGCCACUGCCUGUAUGGAGCUGAUGAUGUGGAGGAUCAAGGAGGAUGCUAAAGUCAAAAGAUGACCUACGACCUGAGGCAGUAUGACUUCCUGCUUCUGUGUCGGUUACAGACAGGUGACCUGCAUCUGUCAGAGGACAGAGAUGGAGGUUCAGCGCAUUUUUAGCUGAACAGCCCGAGCAGAACUGAGUCCAUAUUCACAAUAUCUGAGGACAAAACAGUCAACACCCGCAGAACAAUAGGAUCCAAACUGACAGUGUUCCCUCUUGCGUGUUGGUUUCUUCAGUUCUAAAUAAUGUUAGUCUCACAGCAUUUCUCUUAUUUCAGCAGUGUCUUCGUGGAGGAGCGACGCAGAAUGACAGGACUUUGUCCUCUGAAAGGUCAAUAUGAAAAUAAAUCAAGCCAGACUCUGUCCUCAGCCUGAAUUGCACUAUAGUGACGCUCUUGUUGUCCAGGGCCAAAGUCUGAGUACCUCAUCUGUGUUCAAAUUAACCACAAAACUUUUUUUUUUUUUUUUUGCUACACCGAGUGCAUUAAUGUCUUAGUUUGUCAAAUUGCUGUGUAAAUGCACUUUCCUCGUUGCACCACAUUUAUUGUCACUUAGUUUACAUAGACUAAUCCUAUAAUACUUGAUCAUUAAUUGACACACAUGUUCAGCCUGUUUGUCAAAGUUGAUAAUAAAUAUUACCCUUUUUUUUGCCUUGUUCAGACUUCAUAUCCACAGCUGUCCACUGCAUGAAACACAAAGUUCCCCAGUCUCCAGGACUGUUGAAGGCGUGAUAUUGUGUGUUUCUGCUUUACACUGAUAAGAAUACCGUUGUUCCACAGUUGUCGAAUUUAGACUCGGUCGAUCAAGUUACAACAUGGUUUCGGGUCCCUUAACAAACCUGUGCUGUUUUACGUUGAAGACGACAGAAGAGAAUACACAGAGUGCUGUACAUAUGCAGUUUCUGUAUGUAUUUUUGGUUGUUUGUCCUUUUUGUAUUAAAAACAACAAAUAUAUUAGUUAAGAUAAGAUGUGA